AUGUCUGCCGAUAAGGAAUUCACCCUCAAGGAGGUCGCUGCCCACAGCACCAAGAAGGAUCUCUACGUUGUGAUCCAUGAGAAGGUCUACGAUUGCUCCUCUUUCGUCGACGAGCACCCCGGUGGUGAGGAGGUCCUGCUCGAUGUUGCCGGUCAAGACUCCACAGAAGCCUUCGAGGACGUCGGACACAGUGACGAGGCUCGCGAGAUCCUCGAGGGUAUCAAAGUCGGCACCCUCAAGCGCCUGCCUGGCGACCCUGCCCCAGCCGCCGCUCCUACUACCACCGCCGCAUCCACUGGCUCGAGCGACUCUACUGGCCUCGGAGUCGGCCUCUACGCCGUCGUCCUGGUCGGUGCUGCCCUCGCCUAUGGUGUCUACCAGUACAUGGCCACCCAGCAAGCACAACAGGCAUAG